CGUUUUAAUUUUGAAAUUCAAUUACUCUACUUCCGGUCUGUGCCUGGUUAUGGGUAUCUGGCUUGAAGCUGCAGUUGCCGUAUUUAUAACACGUGAGGGUCUCGUUAAAGCGGAGUCCCGCUGCCUCCAUCCACCACCGCAGACAUCACUCUGAGCCCGGUGUUUGUCUUCCUCGGUGUGAAGAUGGCAGAGAGCUCACGCUGCUUCUACUGUCGGGAAGACCUCGGGGGGAAGAGGUUUGUCCGCAGUGAGGGCAGGCCGGUGUGUGUCCGCUGCCACACCAAGUUCUGUGCCAACUCCUGUGCCGAGUGUCAUCGACCCAUCUCUGUGGAAACAAAGGAGCUCAGCCAUAAGGGCCGAUACUGGCAUGAGGAGUGUUUUCGUUGUGCCAAGUGUUACAAGCCUCUGGCCAAGGAGCCCUUCAGCACCAAGGACAACCACAUCAUGUGUGGAAAGUGUUGCUCCAAGGAAGACGCCCCACGCUGCCACGACUGCUAUAAACCCAUAUUGGCUGGCACAGAGAGUGUGGAGUACAAAGGCAACUCAUGGCACGACGAAUGUUUCACCUGUUUCAACUGUAAGCGGCCAAUAGGGUCACAGAGUUUCAUUUCCAAAGGAGAUGACAUUUACUGCAGCCCCUGCCAUGACAAGAAGUUUGCCAAACAGUGUGUCAGCUGCAAAAAGCCUAUAACCUCUGGAGGAGUCAACUACAAGGACCAGCCAUGGCACAGCCACUGUUUUGUGUGCGGCUGCUGCUCAAAGCCUCUGGCAGGGACAAGUUUCACCAAACACGAGGACCAGGUCUUCUGUGUCGACUGCUACAAGAACUCUGUGGCUAAGAAAUGCAGUGGCUGCCGAAACCCAAUCACAGGUUUUGGUAAAGGAGUGAAUGUUGUGAACUACGAGGGCAGCUCCUGGCAUGAGUACUGCUUCAACUGUAAGAGAUGCUCCCUCAGCGUGGUCAACAAGCCGUUUGUAGCCAAUGGACGAGACAUCCUCUGCACCAACUGUGGCAACAAGUAGUGACAAUGAGCGUGGUCGUUUUCUGACACCAGUUUAUAAAUCCAUUAAGUUUGCUUUGUUUCUUUUUUAUCUUUACACAGAUGGACUGUCUUCAUUUCAAUAUUCUGUUUAUUAUUCGGUUUGGGAGAUUACCUAUUAAGAAAUGGAGACCAAAAUGUAAGUUGUGUCCAGUGUUGAUUGUUUGCUCACAUGCUAACACUGCAACACAUACUCUGUGCUGAAUGAGGGCAGUAACUAGCUUUGUCCUAAAAGGCUGAAAUGAACACUUAAGUUGCUAAGCCUGGAAAUGUCCUGUAGGAGAUCUGAAGCACAUAAAAUACAAUAGGAAAAUACAUGUAACAACAGUGUAACAUGGUGGGGGGAUGACUUGUGGCAGCUUUGCUUCUGGGAGCUGUCACGUCAUAGUCUGUGGUUGUGAAAGUUGUCAUUAUCAUUUAACAUAUUAAGUGUUAGCAUAAAGGUAGAAGUUAGCUUGUAUUUUUAAUGCUGGGAAAUCUGUACUUGUAUGACGUAGUUGGUGAAAAGCAUUUGAAAUAAAUAACUGAAUCUGGA